AUGCGUUAUUCUCUCGGCUUGAUUCCUGCUCUCGCUCUUAGCGUUUCCGCUUUGGGUAUCAACUGCCAAGGCAGCUCUCAGUGUGGAAAUGUAGAUGGACGGUCGACCGACAUCCUUGCAUCCGUGCAGAAGAUCGACCCCAAUCGAACGUAUUUCAAUGGGCAACGAAUUGCUUGUUGGAAGGCAGGAGCUGGUGAUGGACUCUGUGCAUUCCUCCAGGGUACAGGCGGUAUCCAGGGAAGCUUGAUCCCGGAGCUCGUGCAGGACCUUGUGAAUCACGGCUGCACCCGUUGUGGCUCGGUCCCUGUCUUUUUCAACAGUGGUGACAACAACAUCAAUGACCACGGCGAACUUACCAUCAACUACGUUUUAUCAACUGGAGGCUGCAAUGGACUCUGCUAA